AUGUUGGAAGAGUGUGAUAGAUUCUUAAAUCUCCACCAAGAAGGGCCCCCGCAGCAGCCGGCCGGCGGGCGGGCGACGGCGCGCCGCAGGAGCCAGCGCGCAUGCGCGCCCGCCCCGAGCAUGCUCAGUAGCGCGCGCGGCGCCGGGGAGCUGCGCCGAGCGGCGGCGAGCGACGCGGAGCUGUCGGCCGAGGCCCGGCGAGCGACAGGAAGUGCAGCGGCGCCCGAGCGCGGCGGCGGCGGCGGAACCCGGGGCGGCGGAAGGGGCUCGGCGGAACCCGGCGCCCCUCGGAAGCCGGAUCCCCAGGCGGGCAGCAUGGAGCACCACCAGCUGGGCACGGGCCGCUACCAGGUGCUUCAUAAUGAAGAGGACAACUCAGAGGCAUCUGCUGGAGAGCAGCCGUCUUCCUCCAGUGUAGCACCAGGUUCAGUGCAGGCGGCGGCGCCUUCAGCACCAGCACCUGAAACUGACCCGUCCCCACCACCUUACAGUAGCAUUACUGUGGAAGUCCCUACAACUUCAGCGACUGAAGUUUACAGUGAGUUUUACCCUGUGCCACCUCCCUACAGCGUUGCUACCUCGCUGCCGACCUACGAUGAAGCGGAGAAGGCCAAAGCUGCCGCGAUGGCAGCUGCUGCAGCAGAGGCAUCUCAGCGAAAUCAGGAGGAAGAGUGUCCACCAAGAGAUGACUUCAGUGAUGCAGACCAACGUAGAGUGGGCAAUGAUGGCAUGUUUAUGUUGGCAUUUUUCAUGGCGUUUAUCUUCAACUGGCUUGGGUUUUGCUUAUCCUUCUGCAUCACCAAUACCAUUGCUGGACGGUAUGGCGCCAUCUGUGGAUUUGGCCUUUCAUUGAUCAAGUGGAUCCUUAUCGUCAGGUUUUCUGAUUAUUUUGCUGGAUAUUUCAAUGGACAGUAUUGGCUGUGGUGGAUAUUUCUUGUACUUGGCCUGCUCCUUUUCCUCAGAGGAUUUGUUAAUUAUCUCAAAAUCAGAAACAUGUCUGAAAGUAUGGCAGCAGCUCAUAGAGUAAGAUAUUUCUACUUACUAUAGAGACUGCAUCAACCCAACAUUCCUUUCUUAUACCAAUGUGAAAUUUCCACAUCAUCUGUAAAUCGACAACUUUAGGAUAGAAGACUACUAAUAAUGGAAGAAAAAUUAGUAAAAGGUGGAGCUACAAAAUUAAGUGUCAGGGUGGUUUAACCUUAAAAGCCAUUUCUGUUAAGUCCUUAAUUAUUAGUAUUUUAUUUGUUUUGCACAUUUGCAUAUACUUGAAAGAAACUGUCAAAUUGGAGCAGUAAAGUACAGUCAUGUGUGGUUAAUCAGUGUUUGAUAGAGUUGAAAGGGUGGAGUGGUGAAUAGUCUUCCAGCAUGUAAAUGCUUCUGACUCUACCAUUCGUAUAAUAAAAUUACACUAUUAAUCUUGUCAAAUCCUUUAGUUUUUGGCUCUUAGAUUCAUCUAGUAAUUCUAUACAUGAAAUAUUCUUUGUUAUAUAUAAAGUUUAUUAAAACCAGUGCUGAUUGUGGGACAGAAUUUGUCAGAUUUUAGAGUGUAAUAUUAUUUAGGAAAGCUCUGUAAAUAACCAUGCAUAAGUUCCUUUUGACAUUGUCUUCUUAGAAAUUGUGUCUAGAUACAUGUUCCUUAAUUUUAAAUUAAGUAAACUAAACGCAUAUAUAUAGAUUCAUUGAGUGUUAAAGAUAGAAUGAUUUAGGAUGAACUUUAAGCCAAUGUAGGUAAUACCAAAUGUCCUUGAUAAGAAAAAAAAUUAAGGGGCUACUGAUUUUAAGAGUUUUCAAAUGAGAAGCUUGAUUUUUUUUUUUAUGAUUAUUCAUCUUAGAGAGUCUUGCAGGAAGAGAUUGUAUUAGAUACUAUAUUUAUUUCAUCUAAGGCAAUUUAAAAAUUAAUUUUUUCAAAUAAGAUAUUCUCAUUUACAUUUGUCUUUUACAAAGCCAAUAAAGGUAUCUUUCAAUAUCACUGUAAUAAUUUUUCUUAAAUGUUUAAUGUGUUCAGCUUAGCAAAUAAAAUCUUGUCCUGUUAAUAGCUCCUUGCUUUAUGAUUGUACAAUUAAUUUGUAAGACACAACCUGAAGUGAGAUGUUUGAAAUACCUGCUUUCACAUUAUGGAACUGUAUCUGGAAGAUAAGUGUGAGGUGUGUAUGUGGUAAGAGUGUGUUGACAUCACUCCAACUGGAAUCUGCUUUUACAUCCAUAAGCUACUAUAUUUUGCGUAUCAUCUAUUUUUUUUAGCUUAUGUUUGCUUUUAAAUGCCAGCAUUAGAAAUGAUGGAAAUUACUUUAUUGCUUAAACGUAAAAAAUCAUUUAAUAUAGCUAUAUAGAACAUAAAACAUUAAUCAUUAGACAACGAUUAUUGCUAAAAGGUACAUCUAACUAUUCAAGGCCAUUUUUCCACUUUUGAAAAAAAUAAAAUUUAUGUUUUAUUA